AUGUUCGCUCGCCUAGCUGGCGCUUUAACAACAGCAACAACGACGAAUAUAGAAACAGCAACAGAUAGGCUCAAACAGCAAUCUCAACAAAAAGAUCAGGAAAAGCCCAACUCUAAAGAAACAACAAAAUCUUUCAAACAACAUGAUUAUUACGAUUUCGUUAUAACUGAACCGGAGCAACUACUUAUAAAACCAAUAAUGGAGAAUUAUCCGAAACCUAAAGACCGUAAUUUAGGAAAAGGAAAUCGGAAUACGACUCACGAUGUAAAAAUACCAAAGGUGCAACGAAAAUCUACACGAAAGAAACUGGAAAGAUUACCACUCAACGCAGUUAAUAACAAGAACCGUGUGACACCAGCCAAUGUAUUCCACCGAAGGUACUACUUGGAUGAAGAGGAAAGGAAUAAGCCACAGAAAUGGACACAUUGCCUCGAUCUAAUCACCCCACGUUUAAAAGGCUAUAAAGACGACUGGGCACCGAAACAAGUGACGCACACCGACGGCGAUGUACGCAGAUUGGCUCAUUUGUUAAGUUUGAAUACUUCUGAAUAUACAAAAGAAGAAAUUAUAUCUACGUUGUACCAAAUCAGUAAUAUACGGUUAAGAAUAUUCCAAUGGGAUUAUACAGCUCUAACAACUAUCUUUAAUGUAAUUAUAAAAGACUCCGAACAUAGCUUCCGCAGUUUAAAGGGUGGUUUAAAAGAAUUAUUCAGGGGAUGGCAUUUGGACACCUCGAUGGUAGCCACGUUUCUGAAGCAAACUAGAAUAUUCAGACCGCCUUGUAUCGAGGUCUCAGAAUACGGGGGUUCUACGAAGACCACGGGUGGUUACAGAAUAUCGAAGCCAUCCAUUAAUUAUGGGCAUCAUAAGGAUCGAGACAAUGAGGAUUGUGAUGAUUGAAAUCCAUUUUAAAAGCCAGUUGCAAAAACCUUUCUAGACAUGCAAUAGGGUAGAUGACAAAGUUCGUAGAACUAGUUUUGAGAGCGACUUAAAAUUGAGUAGCGUUUGAGUAUUCGGACAUAAGCUACGCUAUAAUAUUACUAUUAAAACUAAGAUAUUAAAGUUUUAGUUAAUUUUAAUAUCUUAGUUUUAGUUAAUUUUAUCUUGUGAAGUAUUUAAUAAAUUAUUAUUUUAUGUAAAACGUU